AUGAGCUCGUCUGUAGCGGGCGAGGCUGUCAAGCCCACUCGCAUACCCCAUUGGCGCCUCGUCACCGACCAAGGCGUUCUCACGCAAGAGAUAUGCGACUAUCCAUACCCCGGAUCUGGCACAGAAGAUGACCCCUAUAUCGUCAGUUGGAUUCCAGAUGACCCCAGAAACCCUAUGAACGCGCCUGCGAAAACAAAAUGGUUCUACACAAUGUCCAUGGCCUUCGCAACGUUGGCUGUAUCAUGUGUCUCCUCUGCAUAUACAGGUGGCAUUGAACAGAUAAUAACAGACUUUGAGGUCGGCACAACGGUGGCUACGCUAGGAGUGUCGCUAUUCGUAGCAGGUUUCGCUAUUGGGCCACUCUUUUGGGCGCCUAUGAGUGAGCUCUGGGGCCGACAAUACCUCUUUGCAGUCAGCUACUGCGGGUUGACAGUGUUCAACGCUGCUACUGUCGGGUCCAAGAAUAUCGAGUCCCUCAUUAUAUUCCGCUUCUUUGCUGGUGCCUUUGGAUCAUCUCCGCUCACCAAUGCCGGCGGUGUGAUAGCGGACUUGUUUCCUGCCAGUCAUCGUGGGCUAGCUAUGAGUAUCUUUGCCGCGGCCCCGUUUCUGGGACCCGUCUUAGGACCGAUCAUUGGCGGUUUCCUUGGCAUGAACUCGGGGUGGGAGUGGGUGAUGGGAUUCCUGGCCAUCUUUUCGGGCGUGCUAUGGAUCUUUUGCUGUUUGUGUGUGCCUGAAACCUACGCCCCGGUGCUCCUCCAGCGGCGCGCAGAAAAGCUCUCGAAUACGACAGGGAAGGUUUACAAAAGCAAAAUUGAAGCAGAACAAGGCAAGCAGACGGUUACCCAGGCUUUCAAGACCGCACUAUCCCGUCCGUGGCUUCUCCUUUUCCGAGAGCCAAUAGUUAUCUUGUUAUCCACAUACAUGGCUAUCAUCUAUGGGACCUUGUUUAUGAUGUUCGCCGCUUUCCCUAUUGUCUACAAACAGCAACGGGGCUGGAACCAGGGGGUAUCUGGGCUAGCGUUUCUGGGAAUCAUGGUUGGCAUGAUAGUCGCCGUGAUCUACAAUAUCUAUGACAACAAACGCUACAUCAAGAUUGCGGCAGCUAAUCGCGGGUUUGCGCCGCCUGAGUCGCGUCUCACCCCGUGCAUGAUGGCGGCUAUUGCCAUACCUAUUGGCCUGUUUUGGUUUGCCUGGUCCAAUGGCCCAUCGGUACAUUGGAUGGCAAGCAUUGCAGCCGGGGCGCCAUUUGGUUUCGGUAUGGUCUUGGUCUUUCUGAGCCUGAUGAACUAUCUGAUCGAUGCCUAUACCAUAUUUGCGGCUUCAGUGCUGGCAGCCAGUGCGGUUCUGCGCUCGCUAUUCGCCGCAGCAUUCCCUCUCUUCACCAGCUACAUGUAUAGGGACCUGGGUGUACAUUGGGCAUCUAGCAUCCCUGCGUUCUUGGCUGUUGCAUGCGCACCCUUCCCGUUUCUAUUUUACAAGUACGGUCCGGCCAUCAGGGCGCGAUGCAAAUAUGCCGCAGAAUCCGAUGCGUUCAUGAGGAAGUUAAUGGAGGUGGCAAAGAAAUCGCCCUCAACUGAGCCGGAGAAAGGAACGUCCCCUACCACAGUCGUGGAUGAAGUGCCCUCCGGUCAAACUUCAGUAGCCCUAGGAUCAGCGCCGGAUGUGGGAGGAAAGGACCGUGCCUCGUCAUGCUCACGUUCAAGCCUUGACCACAUACGAUCUAAAGAAUCGAUCAAGUCGCAUAUGGAGACAGCGGAUGUCGAGGCUUUGUAUGACGCCAAUCCAUAUGACAUUGAUCGGGUGAAUACCCGCGAGUCUUUCAAAAAUUAG